AUCAACAAGCAUCAUGCAAAUCUUUGUGCGAGAAUCAAUCAAAGGCAAUCAAGGCGCCAAUCCUCACUUCGUGGCGCGCGAUCGAGUAGACUCAUGAAUUCGAGGACUGUCUUCACGAAAUCACAGCGAGCGGCAAGGAGCAAGAAAGGCAUAGCCACGGGGCUUGACUAUUCUCCUGAUGACCACCGUCGUCUCAUUCGACGAACCAAGAGCUCAGGAUGCACUGUGCAUGUUCGCGAACCGGUUCGAUAUACAAUGACCUCAGGUCCUACAAGGUCUUCCUCAAGUACUAAAGAAGAGUAGUCAAUCCCUAACGCACAUAACAAGUCCCCCUUCUAGCGGACUCAGAUCAUCUAGUACAUUCUUACCACACAGGAACGGCCUACUAAAGAUUGAGCAAAUGUCAACCACACGGAUCUCGCCUCCAUACACCCCCCGUUCUAGUCCGGGCAGCGUGCCCACCGCAGACAUCACACAAUACUACCUAGACAAGGACUUAAUCAAGUUCGCAGGCUUCAUCACCUGUGUACCCCCAGAUCUCCUAUAUAGCAUCAUGUCCGCCGCAACCGAAGCCGACCUCAGAGCACUGCUCGCCCUGAUCAACCCUCCAGAUCUACGAAUCGAGUCCGGCUUCCUGAUCACCAGAACGUGCGCGCGCGUAUCAAACUGGCUAAGAAACGGAAACCAAAGAUGGGCGGUGAGUAAGGACGUUAUUCCUUGUGCCCUCUUCCUCCUUCUCAAGUUUAGGGUCUUGACACGCGAUGGGGUGUGCAAUUCGCAGACGCACGAAGAGAGUCUUAGGCUGGCUGUUGCCGUCAAGACCGCGUAUGGCAACCUCUGCGACAGUAGGGUAUCGCGACAGACGUGGGCCGACAUUAUGGGUAGACCGUACGCAGACAUUCAGGGCGCUGAGAUCGCGCUUCUGAAGGACCUGGACUUUAGAACUUGGGUGCAUGAGGCUGAAUUCAAGGAGUUUGUGGGCAGGUUCGAGAUUGUGUGGGAGAUGCUGCUCGAAGAUCGAGAUGACGUUUUCUUUUGACGGAUGGAACCUACUCUUGGAUAUCUAAGGACAGCGUAAUGACGAUCUUAUUGGGAUCUGGUUACGAUUAGGUAUCAUCCAAGCGCUCUUUCGGACAACUUCGAGAUAGCACAGUGUCAAGAUGUGUUGAAAUAGCAUUGUCACAGCCAACACACUUGAUGUUCAUUCGUUAACAGUGUUACAAAUUGCUAUAGUUCACACUCACAACUCUACAUGCUUCCACAGCACCGCUCGCGCCCGCGUUCAAGAAAUGCUCAUCCUCAUACUCUCUUCUCUCCGUAACCUGCGUGCAAUCGGCUAACGGCUUCCGCUAACAAGACAC